GAGUAAGGUUGCCAGAGCUCAACGAGGGGGGUGGGGUUAGGGUCGGCAACGCGCAUGUAACUCCUCUGGAGUUGCAGGCGUACAUAGGCUACGGAGACUGCUUACUAUCAGGCAGGCCGUAUGCUUGUUUGCCACCGACGUAGUAUAAAAAAAAAAUUAAGUCCCGUUUUAGUCAGUUUUUUUUUGUUAACCUUUUGACCGAGGAUAAUCAGACUUCGUGCGUUCCCAUAUGGCUCACGAUGACACGCCGCGUUCGAUAGAUGUGGCAUUCAAAGGGUUAAAGAUUAUUGUGUAUGUUAAAGGUUACGCUUGUAUUUUUUUUUAAAUACAGGAAACCGAAAGUUGCUCCGGUCAAAGAGAAGAAAACGUUACCGAAGCGUGCGGCGAAGGCAGCCCCUGCGCCCCCUGCCCAGGAAGAGGUGGCCACCAACACGAGACUUCUCAGGAACUCCCGCGACCCUCCGCCGCCAAACCCGGACGUGUACGAGUUCGACGAACUAGAAGGCUCUCGGCCUCCCUCGGGCCUCCGCCGCCGCAACCAGCCCACCCCCGGCCCCCCCGCGCAGAGCCCCGAAAGCAUACAAUACAUGGACAUAUGCCCUACAAGCUCUCAACUAGCCAAAAUUAAUACCAAACAAAAAGAAGUUGGGAACGUACUUAGUGUCAGCUUGGUACCUGAGGACGAUAUAUAUAAGAAGCGGAAGAAUUUGAUAGAUAAUCUGACGAAUAGUCCAGCGCUGUUAAACAAGAUUUUCAACUCCUUACCGACAGAACUUCAGAACGAGCUUGGGAGCUUGGCCACGGAGGGGACUGGGCGGGAGGAGGCUUAUUUGGACGAAAAGGCGGGGACGGUCUUAGAGGCACCCACGUACUAUCCUACGGUUGAGGAGUUUGAGGUAAUAUAUUAGUGUUUAUUGUAUCCACUGCUGACAGAACUUCUCAAUGAGCUGGGGUGCUUGGCCACGGAGGGGACUGGGCGGGAGGAGGCUUAUUUGGACGAAAAGGCGGGGACGGUCUUAGAGGCACCCACGUACUAUCCUACGGCUGAGGAGUUUCAGGUAAUGUAUAUUUUAUUGUAUCCACUGCUGAACAGAACUUCUCAAUGAACUGGGGAGCUUGGCCACGGAGGGGACUGGGAGAGAAGAGGCUUCUUUAGAGGAAAAAGCAGGGGCGGUGCUUGAAGCAACCGCGUACUAUCCUACGGCUGAGGAGUUUGAGGUAAUGUAUUAGUGUUUAUUGUAUCCACUGCUGAACAGAACUUCUUAAUGAGCUGAGGAGCUUGGUCACUGAAGGGACUGGGAGAAAAGAGGCGUAUUUGGGGAAGGCAGAGACGGUCUUAGCGGGAUCUACGUAUUUUCCUAAGGCUGAGAAUUUAAAUCUGUUUUAGAAAUGCAACGGAUACCGGAUAUGCGGCCGCUGGAUCCGCCGAAUAUUCGGUAUCCGGAAGCCGGAUAUCCGGCUAAAAGUUUGGUCAAAAAUUAAUUAAAUUAGAUAGCGCGCUUGCUCAAAGUUCGAUGCAGGUUGCAACUUAUUUAUAGUUAUAGGCAGCCGUUUAUAAAUAAGUAAACUAAAUUCACAUACUGCGAGAAUUGAAUAGCGCAAAUUACAAUUUUCUUCGUAAGUGUUUUGCGCGCUGCGGCGCCUGCGGGGCAGCCGCAACAGUCUCCUGGCAAUUAUAGCUGACAGGCUUGACAGUCAGCUUCUUGUGCACUGGACCAGGGUACACUCACUGGUAGCUACAUACACAUGGCUCACAUGAGUGUAUGUAGUUAUUACUAGUAUAUGUGACUGGCUCCAGUUUAAACCCUAAAAUAUUGUAAGUUUAAACCCUAAAAUAUUGUAAGUUUAAUUUAUUUCAAUAAUAAUUUAAUAUAAUUUUUAGAGUAAGUCGUACUAACACUGUAUGGACCAAGGUCUGAAAUAAAUGAUUUUUAUUUUAUUUUAUUUUAUUGAUUUAAUAUUUUCAUAGCGAGUGCAGAUUUAUUAACUUUGUUUCGUUAUUUAUAAGAUUUAGUAGUGUUUAGUGCAUAUUGUAUUCAUAAAUAUCGUGCUAAAUUACUAUCCGGAAUCCGGCCGGAUACUAAGCACUAUCCGGAAUCCGGCCGGAUACUACGCACUAUCCGGAAACCGGCCGUAUUGUAAAAAAUUGCCCGGAUACCGAAUAGUAAUUGGAUAUUCGUUGCAUCUCUAAUCUGUUUAUAUUCGUUUCUUAACUUUAUAUUACAUUUUCACAAGCUUAGUUAAAAUUGAGUUUAAGUAACGCAACUUUUACCCUAGUCUUACAUUAUAAUCAUGUUGUUGUUGUCCUAAAGCACCCCAGAGGUGUAAAGGGCCUUCACAAGCUCGCGCCACGCCUUCCUAUCUUCAGCUCGUCUUCUGGCCUCGCUCCAGCUCAACCCGACCGCUCGUAACUCUCUUAGGACGGACCGUUGCCAAGAGUGUACAGGACGCCCCGAGCCUCGGCUUCCGUCCGGUUUCCACGCGAUAGCUAUGGUAGCAUUAUUCGUUUCCCCUCUUCGAAUAAAUCAUGUUAGAUCGGUUAAAAUAAAUAUUAGGGGCAGAGAAACACUUGUAGAGGAUCGUCAUACUUUUUCUAUUGCGUCUUGCAAAAUAAACUAAGUUUUUAUCUCCACUUAACAAUGUUUAUUAUCAUGAAAUUAUGUGUAUAUGAUUAUUAACUUAUUAUUUACAGGAUCCGAUAAAAUACUACGACAAAAUCGCCCCCGAGGCCUCAAAAUACGGCCUCUGCAAAAUAGUUCCCCCUGAAAACUUCAAACCAACAUGCACGAUGAGCGACACGAUCCGCUUCGCGGUCAUAUACCAGUACAUCUCCAAGAUGUUCAGCCGCUGGGGCCCCGUGUCCAGGGAGCUGGCUGCCAUCAAGGCGCACCUGCGGACCCAGAGCGUCGUGUUCGCGCGGUCUCCCCUCUUGGACGGCAGCGAAGUGAACCUCCCCAGGCUAUACCACGCCGUGGAACGCAACGGCGGUCUCAGCAACGUCAUACAACGCAAGCGGUGGGGCCGCGUCGCCGACGAGAUGAAGCUGACCAAGUUGCAGCACCCGGAGCGCAAGCUGGACCCCAUAUACAUGCGAUAUCUGCUGCCCUACGCCACGUUGUCCGAUCAGGAACGCCAAAGUAUAAUGGCGGAAGUGGAAAAAUGCUGGACCACCAAGUACCAGAAGAUGCUAGAACGGGCCCGCAAUCCCUUCCAGCGUCAGAACCGGAUGCUGGGCACCGAGUGCGAGUCGGAAUCUGACGACGAAGGAGAGGAUGGAAACACAGCUGGUGCGCUCCAAGAGGCAGAGGACUGCAUAGUGCAGGGGCGCACAAUGAACCUCGUCACAUUCAAAAAAGUAAGUCUGAAUCUGUCGACGAAGUGGAAGAUGGCUACACAGCUGGUGCGCUACAUGAGGCUGAGGACUGCAUAGUGCAGGGGCGCACAAUGAACCUAGUCACAUU